UCAUCGAAAGGCAGUCAACCUGUGCGGAUGCUCUGUGACCAGUGCUAUCUUUCUGUCCUUGUCUUACUGUUAAGUUCUUGAGUGUUGCUUCGUGUAUCUUCAUUUUUCACUUUCGUCGUCCGACGCGUCCCUACCUGCCAAUACGAACCAGUCAGUGCCGGUGUGUAUAGUUAUUUUUUCGCCUUUGCUGUGUUCAGUGUAGCACUUUCACGUGCUCCCUGUGUCCGAUCUUUGGCUGGCAGGAACAGGAACAGGUUUCGUGGGUUGAUACACUCAGAACUCGAACAUUUGCCGGCCGUCAGUCGAGCGAAAAACUUCGUUAGGUGAUUGAUAUCAAAACUUUAAACUCUAAAUGGAUUGCAUCGAAACUGUUGAUUCAAGUGAGUGAUUUUUCGGGGCUGUCAAACGAACUGGCAAUGGCAAUCGCUUUCUACUGUGAGGAUGACGAUCCUAAACUGUGGCACAGUGGCCAGGCCUACUAUGCUACGAUUGGAUACAACAGUUAUCAGCAGCAACAGCCGCAGCAGCAACAACACCAACAACAACAGCAACAGUCUGCUGCUGCGGUAGGACAGCCAUCACAAUUAUCAGAAACUGACGGUGACUCCGGCACCGGUGUUGAUGAAAAUAAUAAUUGCGUGCUGCACGGUGCUGAUAGUACCAAUGCAAACAGUAACAGCAACGCUAAUUCUGCUAAUCAGCAUACUAUCGCUGUCGAUAGUAAUCGGCAGCUGAUGCAAGUUCUGCAUCAGGUACUGUACCGGUUCACGUCGGAAGGUGCUCUCAGUCCGGCUCAUACAUCCUGCAUUUUCUGCAACAAGAUCUACUACCUAUUUCAGUUGCUGUACUGACCCUGCCUUCGCCGGAAGCAGCUACCAGUAGGCAACUACUCCAACGAAAAGUUCCAGUAACGUAAACUGACAUUAAACAACUCGAAAACAAAUCAACAGCAAAAACUAAAAUCAUCAAAGCUAACGAACCGGCGGGUCCAAUCGGAACCGAACGAACCAAGAAUUUUAAGUGUUGCUCUAAGCAGCCACUAUCUAGCAGAGCCUACUACAGCAGCCUUGUGCAGAUUGGAAUCCCGUCGGUUUCCUGUGAUGGAAGCAAUUUUACUAUGCGCAUUUUUUUUACUAUGUUCAUGAAACGAGAGGGAGAAACACGCUCACCGUUCCGAUGCGUGACAUUUAGUUAACAUAAGAAAGUUGGUAGAACCGCGUAAAUUUCGUAGCUUCGGCUAAUUACACCGAUUGGCUUCGGACAGUCGGACGUAAUAUUAUUUUCAUUUUUUUUUCUUUCGAUUUAUUUAGGCCCAUAUUAACGAGUAGUUUUAGUUCUAAUCUUACGUCCUAAUAGCGCAUUGUCGAUAUUAGAACCAGGAAUCGUUUCUUGAUAUGUUUAAGCAAUGUGAUUUAAUUAUAAAUUUUAGCAUUUCUUAGCUUAGUUUCAACUCGAAUCGAUCGUAAAUGUUAGAUUGUAGACAAGUAAGUCCUCACUGACACGCGUUGGUUUGAUUUGCGCCAACAGAAGAGAACACGCAGACUAUCCAGAACUUAUCCGUGCGCAGUCGGAGUUCGCGCACCGAUAAGAAAAUCAGCCACUUCCGUUCGAUGCCAAGGAAGAUGAUCUCAGUGCUAGUUAUGUAAGGUCGCACCUACGCGCAGUAAGCCCUCCCAAAUGUAAACGACCGACGAGGCAGCUGCCUAUCGACAUUCUGUAUAUUUUAAUUUUAUUUCGAACAUUUGCAUUUUUGCUUAUUUUUUUUUGUUUUUCUUCUCAUCAUUCAUUUAGUAAACAAAUCGAAUUUUAUUCAAUUUUCGAUCGUAGACUUAAUUUCGUUCUUGAACUGUAAGCUUGUUUGUAAUCAUUUACUUGUAAAUG